ACGUCGAGAGGCACCCUUACUUGCCGAUCCGGCCUCGUGUGAAACCCUCUGGACUCGCACGACACUAGGGUUUUUGGAGUACCACAUAUAUAAACGAUUUCCAACAUACCUUCCCAUACCCUUCCGCUCCGAGCUCUGCCGCUUCGCCCUCUUCGCCGGCAAUUUUUUGUCAUUCUUUGCACUGAAGUUUGCCGCCAGUCAAUUGAAAAAAAUGCAGAACGAAGAGGGAAAGAUGAUGGAUCUUUACAUCCCUAGAAAAUGUUCUGCCACUAACAGGCUGAUUACUGCGAAGGACCACGCCUCGGUCCAGAUCAAUAUUGGGCACUUGGAUGAGAACGGGGUGUACACCGGGCAAUUCACCACAUUUGCUCUCUCUGGUUUCAUACGGGCUCAGGGGGAUGCGGACGGUGCUCUGGACAGGCUCUGGCAGAAGAAGAAAGUUGAAGUGCGACAGCAGUAGGAACUGCUUUGGAUUUUGUUUGAUUAAGAGUCCUCGAUAUGUUUUCCAUCAACAAGAUUUGAUCCUGGCAAAAACCUUUUUAUCAGCUAUUUGGCAUUGAGCUAGUAGCUACUUAGAUUCAAGCGUUCCUACUGGUACCUCAAUUGAAACUUGAAGAUUCGACUUCUUAUUUCAUAUAUGCUAAGUGCAGCCUUGCCUUUUUUGGGA